UUUUUUCAAUCCUCUUUCCCACUCACACUCACAGAGAAAAAAAAAAAUCAAAACUUCACAGAGCGAAAACGAAAAAUCCAGAAUUCAAAACAAUGGGUGAUCUUCAUCAUCAUCUUCAGAAUCAAGAAGAUCACAUUUUGAUCCCAAAUUCUCACAACCAACAAGAAAACAACGAUCUUUACUCAAUGCUGAAUCCCAACAGCUCUUCCACCUCAACCCACCACCACCAUCACAAACAGCAUUCUUCUUCAACCAAACGCCGCUCACCGCCUUCAUCUUCAACCCUCGAACGAUCCGCCAAGAAGCAUUCUUUCGACCAGGAGGAUUUCACCCGUAAUGGCUUCUCUGCCAUUACACUUCCUUUCAGUCUCCAUGGCAAUGUUCUCCGCCGCUGCAUUUCUAAUCCGGAGCAGUCUGCUGUGACUCCAAUGGUGAAAGGGGCUGGUUUGCCUCCUCUGCAUCCCAACUUGAGGAGGUGUUUGUCUGCUGAUGCUAAAUCGGUUUCUCGUGCUUUGAGUUCGGAAGAAUCAGCACCCGCUGAUUCAAUGAGGCUUAAAAGGAUGAAGGAUCGUUUGAAAGAAAUGAAACAAUGGUGGGAUGAGGUUAUGAAAGAAGAAGAUGAAGAAGUGGAAGAAGAACAACAACAACAAGAAGAGGAACAAGAAGAGAAAGAGCAAUCUCCUGUGGUUGAAGAGGACAAAGUCCUAUCUCAGGAUGAAUUGGGGGAAGAUGUUGAAGAAGCUGUGAGAGUAGAGUGGGCUGAAAAAUGUUUAAGUCUUACUUUCAAGUGUCCAUGUAGCAAGGGCUAUGAGGUUUUGAUAUCCGCCAACAAUUGUUACUAUAAGUUGGUAUAGAUUAAUUAGUAUGUUUGGUUCCUUUUAAUUUAGGAACCAACUUUGUUUUUAUUCUUUUUUUGAAUUUGGCAAACUUCUCUGUUUACAUAUAUAGCAUUUGGAUUGUAACAUGAUUAGAAUCAAUGUAUAAUUGUACAUUUGUUUUGUACUAUCUCAACAUUCUUCAAAGGAAAUGAA